GCGCCUAAUCCUGUGCUUUUCUUUUGCUUCAUACUGCCUCAAUCGUAGGGUUUCUGGUCUCUGUUCCUUCUCUAAUGGGGCGACAUCGAAGCCGGAGCGUCAGCCCGCGGCGGUUCAGCCGGAGCCCUCCGCGCCGUAAGCGCUACGACGACCCCCGCGAACGCUUCCGCGGCGGCGGUGGUGGCGGCGGCGGACGGGACUACAGGGAUCGCCGCUCCUCCGGCCCCUCCGGCCUCCUCAUCCGGAACGUCGCCCUCGACGCUAGGUCGGAGGAUCUACGAAUGCCCUUUGAGCGCUUUGGCCCUGUGAAGGAUGUCUACCUUCCAAAAAAUUACUAUACAGGAGAGCCACGAGGCUUUGGAUUUGUCAAGUUCCGUUAUGCUGAAGAUGCUGCUGUAGCUAAGCAGCAUAUGAAUCAUCAGAUUAUUUGUGGGCGUGAGAUCUCAAUUGUAUACGCUGAAGAAAAUCGAAAAACUCCACAGGAAAUGCGUAUGAGUGCAAGGAUUAGUGAAAGAUACAUGGGAGGAAGCUACAGGAGACGAUCUCCACCGAGAUCUCCUGGUCGACGACGUCGCUCAUAUUCACGUUCACUUUCUCCACCAAGACGAGAGUCAAGGGACCAUGACAGGAGUACACGUGAUGAUUACUACUCUCCGCCAAGAUCCAUCUCCCGAUCUCCUGAUGAUAGGGAUCAUGGGUUGCAUCAUCAGUCUUCGAGUCCCAAGGGCAAUGGACGAAGCCCAUCUAGGUCUCGUUCGUACAGCCCUCGAUGAAUGAUCGAGCUUUGGAAAAUCCUGUGGCUUCAUUUCAUCACCGAUCAGAAUGAUGCUUUUUGGCUGGCUUGCUUGUCGAUUGGUCUGGAACCAUAGUCCUUUAAGCUUGAUAGACCUUAAAUCGUGUCCAUGUAAACCGUGAUAGAACUUAUUGGUGUUUUGCAUCGUGAUUGUACCUACAUGUCUUUGGUUAGACAGAAGCUUUUGUUAGAGUAGUCAUAUUUGCCCGUUUUCAGAUUGGAGGAGUUCUAUGAUGUUUUUAUCAUUACAUACCUACAUGACAUGAUGAUUAGUACCGCUUUUGAUGUUCA